UGUGCUGGACUCUACUGGUCUGUGCUGGACUCUACUGGUCUGUAGUGGACUCAACUGGUCUAAAUUGGACUCUACUGGUCUCUACUGGACUAUACUGGACUCUACUGGUCUGUAGUGGUCUGUACUGGGUUCUACUGGUCUAAACUGGAUUCUACUGGUCUGUACUAGACUCUACUGGACUCUACUGGUCUGUACUGGUUUGUAUUGCUCUGUACUGGGCUCUACUGGUCUGUAUUGGACUGAACUGGGAGGAGGUUGAACAGUGUCUGGACUGAGUGGACCCGGCACAGGAGGAGGUCUGGAUGGAUGGAUUCCAGGCAUACGGGGCGGGAAAGACGGGCGGAGCUUUCGACCCGCUGACCUUCAUCAGACAACCACAGACUGUGGUGAGGAUCCUCUGCUGGCUGUUCUCCAUUGUGGUUCUCGGCUGCGUGGCUAAUGAGGGUUACCUGAACCGUCCUGAUGAGGUCGAGGAAUUCUGCAUCUUCAACCGCAACCAGAACGCCUGCAGCUACGCCGUCGCCAUGGGAACACUGUGUUUCCUUUGUAGCACCGGCUUCCUGGCGCUGGACAUUUACUUCCCUCAGAUCAGCGGCGUGAAGGACAGGAAGAAGGCCGUGAUGGCGGACAUCGCGGUGUCAGCCUUCUGGUCCCUGCUGUGGUUUGUGGGUUUCUGCUUUCUGGCCAAUCAAUGGCAGGUUUCUAAAGAAGAAGACAACCCUCUUCAGGAAGGAGUCACUGCUGCCAGGGCCGCCAUUGUGUUCUCCUUCUUCUCUGUGUUCACCUGGGGAGGUCUCACUCUGCUGUCGUUGGAGCGUCUGAAGAGAGUCUCGUUUGAAGAGGAGUACAACAAACUGUUCAGCCCGCCGCUCGCCUGAAACACACACACACACAUUAAACAUCACCUCUCUCCUUCAGCCAAUCAGAGACCACUGUUCCAGUGUUUCCUGUUUCCUCGUGGCCUCUGUCUGGACUCUGAUUGGCCGCUCUAAGUGCCUCUCUUUUAAAGUGCCUUACUGUCACCAUGGUGACAGCAUCACAGCAUUGUUUUCUUCCUCAGAUUGCCACAGCAGAUCUUUAAAGGUUCCCUCAAACUAAACUUCAUGUGUU